GGUGCCAUGGUCAAGCAUUUGGGCUACUAAUCAAGAGACCACUGGCCAAGGACGUGAACACCCUUGCUAUCACGCACAUUGCAUUGGAAAGCGGCUGUCUGCAGAUGCAGUUAGGUUCAAAGUUGGCAUCCUAUAAUUUGAUCUCCUUUAUGGUCCAUGACCUACUCCUGGCGGCGGCCUAUGUUUCUGAUGCCCAGUAUAGCAGAAAUGUGCCAUUUGAAACCUCACCUCAGACCAUCAGACUCUACUAUUUUUAUAACCACUGGACCAUGCGAGCAGCCACAAACUUCUUUAUUUUUGUAGACCUUUCUCUUGCCCUGUUUGAGGAACCAGCACUGUUUCCACUACCUUUCUUGGCCACCUCCAUAGCAGAAGUGCUCUGCCUGACUGCCUUCUUUGGAAGACUUAUACAUUUUGCAAAAGUCACCCCUCAGACGGUUUUCUGGAAGGAUACAAAAAACAUCUGCAUCAUGGUGACUAUAGUGCUGACCUUGGUCGACCUGAUUGUCUACGGAUCCCUGGAAGCUAUUAACAUCCACAGCGUCAGGUGGUCAAGGGCCUUAAGGCCAGUCUUCCUCAUUAACUUCCCUGAAAGUCGGCAGAUCCGAAGAGCUUUCCGAAGCAUCCGGAACACUCUGCCCGAUAUCCUCUACGUCUUCCUUUUGUUUAUGUUCAACAUGCUGAUAUUUUCCCUGAUGGCCUUGAAGCUCUUUGGAGAUCGGGGUCUUAAGACAGUGGAAGGAUCUCCCUACUUUACGAACAUCCUGGAGAUAAUAUUUGACCUCUACGUGCUGGUGACCACUGCAAACAGCCCGGAUGUCAUGAUGCCGGCCUAUGACUUCAAUCGUUGGUAUUCUUUGUACUUUAUAACGUACAUCAUCAUCAAUACCUACAUCUUCAUGUCCGUCUUUCUGGCCGUGGUCUACAACAAUUACCGGAAGCACUUAAAGAACGAGAUUCGAAAGCUGGUCUACCUGAAACAUUACAAGAUGGUCGAGGCUUUCAACCUCCUGAAAGUCAAGGUGGGCGCCGAGUUUGUGGUCAAGGAGGCCGAGUGGAGGCGGCUGACAAAGGUCGUGGUGCCAGACAUCAGCAGCUCCCACCUGGAGCUCCUUUUGAGGAUCUCCGACGAGGGACAGAAGGGACACGUCGACAAAACAAAUUUCCUGCGCUUAGCUGACCUCCUCAACAUCCAAGUGAUCACCAUAAGCGUCAGGAGGCAUCCCCUGGAAGCCUGGAUGCCACGUGUGUACAAGUCUUCCGUGAGCCUCUUCAUCCAAAAGGUCGUUCAGCACAGGAUUUUUGUCUGGAUUUACGAUGCCAUCAUCCUCCUCAAUGCCAUCUUCAUUGCUCUGGAUGAGAAGAACCCCUUUAUCUCCUAUGCAGAGUGGCUUUUCCUUUCUCUCUAUGUGAUUGAGAUUCUCCUGAAACUGUACACGUAUGAGCCCAAAGCCUACUUUGGAAGGAAGCAGUUCUGGAAUUGGUUUGAUACACUGAUCAUCAUUGCAGCCCUGGUGGCCACAGUGGCCAAUGCCACCAUCCAGUCAGCAAGAAAAUACAACAGCCAGCAGAUCCUGGAUAUUGUCUUGGUGUUGAGAAUACUCCGGCUCUUACGGGUCAUCAUCAGCAUUCAGAGAUUCCGGGUUAUAGUGACCACCUUAAUUAACAUUGGCCCCACGAUAUUGACGUUUGGUGGACUUGUCUUGGUGGUCUACUAUACAUUUGCGAUCAUUGGCAUGGAGGUGUUCCAGGGUAAAGUCCGCUUCUUCGACCCCAAUGUCACCACUCCCGAUGCUCUGGUCUGUGGGAACCCAGCCUUGAAAGACGCAGCCUUCGCCCGCGACAGGUACUGCAAGAACAACUUCAAUGACCUCGCCGCCUCCUUCGUCGUGCUCAUAGAGCUCACCGUGGUUAAUCAGUGGCACAUCAUUGCGGAAGGCUUUUCCCUGGUGACCCAUCCGACGGCAAAGCUCUACUUCAUCUUCUUCCACAUCGUCGUAGUCAUCCUCAUUGUUAAUAUUUUCAUAGCUUUCAUCCUGGAGGCGUUUUUCGUGGCCUACUCACUGGACAAGAGCGACAUCGAGACGGCCAUCGAGAGGAAGAUCCAGGAGCUCGGAGUGGGCGUCCAGGAGGAAGAGGUGCAGGACGGGGAACUCAUCGACCACAUGGACACCAAUGACAAUGGCUUUAAUGAAGACGAUGGGGACCAAAAAAGGAAGGCCCUGAAAGGGUCGUAUUUCAGGAUCGCAUCGAAAAAGUAUAAGACGGUGGACGCUCUGCUGCAGCGGAUGUUUGAGUCUGAAAUUGCUCCAGAAGAUGACGGCCCUUCCUUGGAUGAGAUUCUGAGCUUCUCCCCCAGUGACAUAUAUCCAAAGAACCCCAACUUUGAAAACAGCGCGUGACACUGAGCUUUCAAAGGGCCCACAAGUGGAGCCAAGCUGAGCUGUCGUCAGGUUUGGCAUAUGCUCCCUGGAGAUCAUUUGCCCAGCCUGGGCUCCUCCCUGCGUUCUCCUUACCUGGUGAACGAGCCUUACCUGUCCUGAGGAAGAGGUGUGGAGACACUGCCCCUGUGCACCUUGCCCUGGGAUCGUCCUCGAGUCCUCAUGGAAGCAAGGAGGGAAGUUCAUGCAGAGAUGAUCCGAACAGAGCACUUUUUAUAUACAUGCAUGGACAUGGGUAAAGCCUUUUCAAUGGGGAUAUGAAAGUUUUUCAUUCAUCUUUAUAUAGUAUUUUUACUAUUCUAUAAAACUGAUACUGCGUUACAACAUUA